AUGGCUACAAUCAAUAUCUACUGCUUCGUCGUUUUCAUUCUUCUCAGCAUAACAGUUCAAAUCAAUUCUCAAAUAUGUGAGAAAACACCUCAGUAUGGGGAAUGUUCCACAAACAGUGCAUGUAGGUGUUUUCAUAUGAUGGGUGCUGAUGAUAAUACAGGCAUUUGUGGUUUCCUGUGGCCAACAUGCUCUCGUCUUUUACGGUGCAAUUCCUCAGACAAUUCAUGUCUUCAAUCGAACACAAUCUGCGUUCAGCACCCUCAAUGCGAUGAUCUUCCACUUUGCUAUCCAGCUACAAUGAUUGAUCAAAACAUGUGUCCACCAAUGAAAAAUAAGAUCAACCUCAAAUGGAAACAAAAUGCCAUCACUGUGGCUGGUGGAAAUGGACAAAGACAACAAUUAAAUCAACUAUAUUUCCCUCAAGGAAUCUUUAUUGAUGAAAGGAAAAAUAUUAUCAUUGCUGAUACUAGUAAUCAUCGUAUUGUUGAAUGGAAAUACAAUGCAAAAGAAGGACAAGUCAUUGCAGGAGGAAAUGGGAUGGGAAAUCAAAUGGAUCAAUUGUUUCAUCCAACAGAUGUGAUUUUUGAUGAACAAAAUCAUUCGAUCAUCAUUGCUGAUUUUUUGAACAGACGAGUGGUUCAAUGGGUAAAUCAAAAGCAACAAAUUCUUAUUGACAAUAUUCACUGUCGUAGCUUGGAAAUGGAUAAAUAUGGAUUCCUUUAUGUUUCAGAUUAUGAGAAGAAUGAAGUGAGACGAUGGAAAAUGGGUGAAUACAAUGAAGGAAUUGUAGUGGCAGGUGGAAAUGGCAGAGGAGAUCAGCUCAAUCAACUCAAUUAUCCUACUUUCAUCUUUGUUGAUGAAGAUCAAUCUAUUUAUGUAACAGAUGCAGGUAAUCAUCGUGUGCUGAAAUGGAGAAAAGAUGCAAAAGAAGGAGUUGUUGUUGCUGGAGGAAAUGGUGAAGGAGGAAAUCGCAAUCAAUUGUCUGCACCUCAAGGUGUAAUUGUGGAUGAUUUGGGUCAAAUCUAUGUGGCUGAUAGUGAGAAUCAUCGAGUGAUGCGUUGGUGUGAGGGAAAAAAAGAAGGUGAAAUUGUUGUUGGUGGAAAUGGGAUAGGAGGUGAAUCAAAUCAAUUAUCUAGUCCCGCUGGUUUAUCUUUUGACGAUAAAGGAAAUCUGUAUGUUGUUGAUGUAUCGAAUCAUCGAAUUCAAAAAUUUGAAAUAAUCUUGUGA